UUUAUAUCUGGCCUGUAUGCAUUUUGUACUUGUGAGUUUAUCACCAAUGACCUACGUGCUUUGGUCACUGAGAUACUCUUCCCUAAUCCUCAUCAAGCUAGCCAUCGGAGCCUCAGAGCCUUGGCCAGUACUUUCUUUCUUAUAAAAACAUAAAUUUCUGAGGAAAAAUAGCAGUAAAACUCGCAAAGGGAAAAGUACCGUUCUGGGUCAUUCUUUUCUGUGUUGACGCGCGUAGCCUUGAUUCUGCAGAAUAUGGGCAGUGGAGAGAAAAAUCUGCGGAUCUUUCACCUACACCUACCUCAUCUUCAUCACCAUCAUCAUCAACAUCACCAGAGGACGAAGAAACAAGAGACGAGAGAUGUGCCGAAAGGGUGUUUGGCGAUAAAGGUGGGACAGGGAGAGAAGCAGCAGAGAUUUGUGGUGCCUGUGAUGUAUUUCAAUCACCCACUGUUCAUGCAGCUGCUGAAGGAGGCUGAGGAAGAGUAUGGUUUUGAUCAGAAGGGGACAAUCACCAUCCCUUGCCAUGUUGAGGAGUUUAGGUACGUCCGGGGCAUGAUUGAUAGGGAAAAGUCCCUCCAUCAUCAUGAUGGCCAUCAUCAUCAUCACCAUGUAAUCAGAUGUUUUAGGGUUUGAUGAUGAUAAUGAUCAAAGUUGGCGUUUGACCCUCAAAUGCAUAAUGAAUUUUGAUGUUAUAAUUUUAUCUUUUGGGUUCUAAGUAUGUAGUUGGAUGGUGAAUAUGAUAGAUCAGACGAUCAUGGUGACGAAGAAACCUUUGCAAUUGUAAUAUAAAUGUGAUUAUACUACUUUUUUAUCGCUCUUUA